CCGGGGGGGGUCCGCUGGGCGGCUGCUGCUGCUGGGCUGCCAUCCUGGCACACGGUGAGCCGCGUCCCCCCGCCAUGUCGCGCCGCAGCCAGCGCCUCGUCACCUCGCGCUACUACCCGGGGGACGAGGAUGCCACCAGCAGCAGCUCCCUGCUGGGGGGGCACCAGACGCCCUUCAAGGAGACCACCGGCAGCAGGACGGUCCGGAGGAAACCGAGCAGCACGAAGCGGCUGUCCCCCGCCCCGAGCACCCAGACCUCCUACUACAGCGAGUCCAUGAUGAGCGAGUCCUACCUGGGGGGCAGCCGGGGGCUGUCUGCCCUGGGCACCUCCGGGCUGGACGAUCCCCUGGACAGAAGCAUGUACUGGGGUGGGGAGUUCUCCACGAGGAGGAGAAGAGGCACAGGGGACACGGAGUCCAGUAAGAUCAACGGGCUGCUGGAGAGCAAGACGUACGACACCUACGCCUCCUCGUCUGGGUACUCCUCGGAGGACGACUACGCUGGUCACUUCUACUCCGGCCAGAGUGGCUCCGGCUCGGGGCUGAGGUCUGCAGCCUCCAGGGUCGGCUCCUUCCUCUGGCAGGUGCUCACCUCGCCGGUCCGGUUCGUGGGGUGGCUCUUCUCCUGCGUGGGCGCCGCCUGGCACCGCCUGGCCGGCCGGGCUCCCCAGCUGGCACGCGUCCCCUUGUUGAGGCGCUACCCGCGGCUGAAGAAGUCCCUGCUGCUGCUGCUGCUGCUCCUCCUGCUCCUCGCUGCGGCCGCCUAUGGAGCUUGGUACUUCUACCCGUACGGCCUGUCAACGCACAGCCUCCCCGCCUUCCCCUGGUGGGGGGCUGGACGGCUUUCCUCCUCCGACGUGCCUGGGGAACGAGACGUGACCGCCCUGGACCAGGGGCUGCGGGGGGAGCAGCGGCUCCUGGCUCGCUUCCAGGCCCUGGAGAAGCGUUUCGAGGCGCUGGAGGCCGAGGUGUCGCGGUGGGAGCUGCGACAAGGAGCAACGGCGGCAACGGGCAGCGAGCCGCCCCCGGGGGACAUCCUGGGGCUGCUGGAGGGGCUGCUGAGCCGCCGCGAGGCGGGGAUGAAGGAGCAGCUCCGCGGGGACAUGGCCGGACACCUCCAGGGGGAGCUGGACGCCCUGCGAGCCCAGGUGCAGAGGGACAUGGACGGGCGGCUGGAGAAGAUGGCGCGCACCUCACAGGAGAUGGAGGCCCGCUUGCUCGAGCUGAAUUCGGGGUGGCAGAGCUCGGUGCGGGAGGACCUGCGAGGCGGCUUCCAGCAGGCCAUGGGCGAGCUGGAGCAGGAGGUGUCGGGGCUGCGCAGGGAGCUGGCGGGGCUCAAGUCGGACCAGGAGGCGAUGGGCAAGCACGUGGAGGGGCUGCUGGAGCAGCUCAAGGCGCUGCGGGCUGACGUGGAGGCCCAGAUGCCGGCGUGGAUCGGCCGGUUCCUGUCGCAGCCCCACCGGGACGGUGCAGCCGCCCUCGUCCUCCAGCGGGAGGAUUUGCACGCGGAGCUCCAGGCCCUGGAGCGCAAGAUCCUGGCCAAAGUGCAGGAGGAGCGCAGGCUGUCAGCGCGGGACGCCUCGGCCGGCAUCGGCGUGGCCCUGCGGCCAGGGGGUGCCGGGGGGGUGACGGAGGAGCAAGUGCACCUCAUCGUGGACCAGGCGCUGAAGCGCUACAGCGAGGACCGCGUGGGGAUGGUCGACUACGCCUUGGAGUCGGCGGGGGCCAGCGUCAUCAACACCCGCUGCUCCGAAACCUAUGAGACGAAGACGGCGCUGCUGAGCUUGUUCGGGAUCCCCCUGUGGUACCACUCGCAGUCCCCGCGCGUCAUCCUGCAGCCAGACGUCAACCCUGGGAACUGCUGGGCGUUUCGCGGCUCCCAGGGCUUCGCCGUCAUCCGCCUCUCCAGCCUCAUCCGCCCCACGGCCGUCACGCUGGAGCACAUCCCCAGAGCCCUCUCGCCCCAGGGGACCAUCCCCAGCGCCCCCAAGGACUUCACCGUCUACGGCUUGAAAGAAGAGCGGGAGGAGGAGGGCCUUCUCCUGGGGCGCUUCACUUAUGACCAGGACGGCAGUCCCAUCCAGACGUUCCUCUUGGAGGGUGACGACGUGGGCGCCUUCCAGCUGGUGGAGCUGCGGGUGCUGAGCAACUGGGGCCACCCCGAGUACACCUGCAUCUACCGCUUCCGCGUGCACGGGGAGCCGGCGCACUGACCCCCCGGCUGCCGGCGGGGGCUCGGACGGAGACGUGCCGGGGUGCCGGAGGAGUCGCCCCCCCUUCGCCUUGCCUGCGCUGCUGCUUGCGGAGGAGAGGACUUUUUGCCUGCAAAGGGGGUGAGGCGAGAGCACCCCACGCGGGGUCGCUUUCGGUGCAUUUCGGACACUUUUGACUUCUUGAAGCACGUUUUUCUGCCGGGGCCGGGCGGCCCCCCCCUUUCUGGUGGCACACGCACCCUUCCCGCGGCUGGGGGCAAUUCUGCGGCGGGCUUCGCGCGGGCUGGGGAGCGAUGCAGCCCCUCCCCUCUGUGCUUCUCGAGCUCUUAACGACCUCAACACCUUCGAUCCCAGGCUGGCGGAGGGGAAUCAUUAACAGUAUUAACGAAGUAUUAAUAUAAAAGUAGAGGCAGGGGGCAGCAGGAGGGGAGAAACGCAGCAGGCGUGGGUUGCAAAGCUCCCGGUUGUUAACCUUGAGGAUGGGUUUGUCCUUUUUUUUAA